AUGGGUCCGGUGAAGAAGCACCGCCGGUCCACAAGCCUUGACGCUCCAGCAGCACUCAACUUGGAAGACGAGGAGUCCCCCGGCCGAGGCAACGCCGAUAUCAUUAGUCUGGCCAUAGACGGCAACUUACCGUUACAAUCUGUGAUGGAUCCUCAAAGGAGUCAUAAUUUGCAAAGAUCUCCAGAUCGCCCUUUUUUCGCCGGACAAACUAUACUUGACGGUCAUUUGGAAUCGAAUCAUAUGUUUGACUUCGGAAUGUUUCAGUUUAGUACGCCUUCGUUCAGUGGUGCAAUAAACGCGCAAGACUCGAGCAUAUUGUUAUACGAAACACCUCGCCGUGACGAAGAGGUCGAUACGCGUGAUAACACGGUGGUUGAUCUACACCUUGCAAGAUCCCCCGACAGCAGAGCUUCCUCCAAUGUCAAUUCUAUUGACCACAAGCAUGGCGUCCAUGGGGUAUAUUUUGGACUAUCCGGAGAUACGGAUCCUUACCUUCUUAGACAUCUACCGUACGAUGAGAGGGGCGAAUUCAAAAUGUUCAAACUUGUCUAUCGUCGACUAGGAAACGGUAUUAAUCACAAUACAAGGUCCUCGAUAUUAAGGCAGUCCUCGACUAUCAGUGCUCCGCAUCAAGAGCCACAUUUUGCUCGGUGCAACUUUGCGGAAAGUCCAGCGCCGGCCUACUUCAUGAUAGCUGCGGAUGAGUUGGGCGACUGUGGCAAAGAAGAUACCGCUGUGCGCAAAGAUGUGACCCCGGAAACUGUUAGAAUGGAACUAGAUCGUCUCAUUCUACCAGAAGAUGGAAGACGGUUAUUCGGCCUGUUAGUAGAUUUCGCUCUAGCUCAUCUGUCAUGCACGAAUCUAACAAAGAAGAGUAGAUUUUACAAAUAUGUUUUUCCAGCUUUCCCAGUCAUUUCUCGAUCCCAGCUGAACAUUGGAUCCUUCCCUUCGCAUUCCUUGCCCUCAACAGCAGUUAUAUCAAAGGUCCCCACCCACCUAUUAGCUGCGAUAUAUGCCACCGCGCUUCCAUUCUGGCAUUACGACGAUCAUCUCUGUGUCAUGAAAGCUUACAAGAGGCCAUCCGCAAAUCAAAUAUGGAGAAUAGUAUACGAGGAGAUACUUCGUGACAUCCACACACCUCGCUUGUCUGUCCUACAAGCAUGUUUAUUAUACCUGCAGAAACAACGUGCGCCCCAAGAUAGUGCUGCAGCGGAUACUCCUUUUACCUGGUCCUUUCUCGCAUGGACUGUUGGCCUUGCGACCUCUUUAGGCUUGCACGUUGAUUGUACUAGUUGGGAUAUACCAGCAUGGGAAAAGCGUCUUAGAAGAAGGCUGUGGUGGGCUGUUUAUUCCGAGGAGAAGUUCAGGAGUUUGCUUAUUGGUCAACCUACAAUCAUCAGGAGGGAUCAAUGGGAUGUCAGCGAUCUAAAAGAUGAAGACUUUUGCUUGGAUACAUCUCCAGAAGAAGCUUCAAAUACGGAAUCACUACCUGAGCAAGGAAAAGUUGUAGCCGAUGCCGGGCUGCAUUCUAGAUACCUCGCAGCACUAGCCCAGAUUGUCGACGACUUAUAUCAAUCUCUUUUCACUUUACAAGCAACCCGACUCAUGUCUUCAGACUUUCUUCUUUGUUCAAAAACAGUUAAAAAUUUACGGAUGCGGCUCGGGGCCUGGCAUUCGUCACUCCCAAGCAGUCUUCGAGUGCAAAGCCCUUCCAACCCAAAUCUAGACUCAAAUGUUUCCCUCAAUUUGGCUUAUAUAACAUUAGAAAUCCUCCUUCACCGCGCUCUUCUGCGAGAGGUACGCCAGCCUGAAUACCAUCGAAACGGCACCCAGACUGUCAAUCUACCCGACCACAUUCUGCCAACCACUGAUGAGCAGUUGUCGGCUAUUGAAAGAGCAUUUGUCGAAGCUAUGAACUCUGCAAAACUGGCUAUUGAGUUUACUGGUGACAUGACCUCCCGUGACUUCUCUGGGUUUUGGCACUCAUGGUCACGAAUCUGCUUUUCGACUAUAUCGAACUUCGUCAUGCUACUUAUGGUAAAAGCCCCCUCGCGUGAAUAUGCAACUACUGCAAGAUCUGUAGCGGAUAAAUGGCGAGAGACUCUUAGGUUUCAAAGUAGAAGCUGCGAACAGAUGAACAUGGGCAUGUUAAGACUGGACGCUAUCUAUUGGACUGGCAUUGACAACCUGUUUCCACAUGAGUAG